AUGCCCAUGCACCAGGGCUUCCUUCCCCGAGAGGGGCUCUACAGCGUCCCUCUUUUCAAGCUGUUUGCCAGAACAGCCCUUAACCCAUCGCUCGUGCUUCCGCUGUUGCUGCUUGCACGCUACACCAAGCGCGGCAGUGACCUGAGCAUUCUGCACCCGACCGCAUACGGUGGCAUCAAGAAACUCUUCUACUGGGGACUUCUCAGAACCAUAGUCAGAUACCUGUCCGACAAGACCCGAAACAACUGGGUCAAGGACCGAUAUGACUGGUCGCGCGAGAUUGUUCUCAUCACCGGCGGUGCCGCUGGCAUCGGCGCCCAGAUAGUCAAGCUAUUUGACGAGCUAGCGAUAAAGGUUGUUGUUCUAGACGUGCAGCCGAUGGCGUAUGCUACCUCUUCGCGAGUUCACCAUUACAAAUGUGAUCUCCGCUCCCCAGCGAGCGUGCAGGAAGUCGCAGAGAGGGUGCGCAUCGAGGUUGGACAGCCUACUGUCCUCAUCAACAAUGCCGGUGUUGCGCGGGGCAAAACCAUUCUCGACUCGGAGCCCGGCGAUGUUCGCUUCACCUUUGACGUGAACACGCUCAGCCACUACUGGAUCACCAAGGCAUUCCUGCCCAGCAUGAUUGAGAGCAACCAUGGCAUGAUUGUCACUGUUGCAUCGGCGGCAUCUUGGAUCACCACACCCGCCAUGACCGACUACGCUGCCUCCAAGGCUGCGGCGAUGGCGUUCCACGAGGGCCUCUCGGCCGAGCUCGUCACUCGAUACCACGCGCCGAAGGUCCGCACCGUCAUUGUCCAUCCGGGCCACGUGAAAACGCCGCUGUUCCAGGGUUUCCACCAAGGCAACGACUUCCUGAUGCCGAGUCUGGAGAUUGACACGAUUGCAGAGGGCAUUGUCAAGCAAGUUCUCACGGGCCGCAGCGGCAACGUCAUCUUGCCCGAGACAGGUGGCUUAGCUUCGCUGAUGCGAGCCUUGCCAGACUGGCUGUCGUAUAGGUCGCGCAUUGACGGCGACAAGUACAUGUCGAAGUGGAAUGGCCGCCAGGUGAUCAAGGAUGUGAAUGCGUCCUUUGAAAAGGAAAAGGCUAGUGAUACGGGCGAGAGCACGGUGCUCGUGGCUCAAGACUGA